CUUCUUUUUCAUGGCACACACCACAGAGAAGUCUGUGCGGAAUCCUAAACCAGCCCAAUUUACAUCCAUUCAUGAAUCUGUGACGUCAGCAAGCCUUUGGGCUUCUUUGCGGUGGGCUGGAGGAUUGUGUGGGUGGAAUCCCCCUCCCCCUUAUUUUUCUGAUUCUGCAAGGCUUUUUAAAUUAACCUUCCACCUUUUUAAAGCAAGAAAAUGGAACGGCAUGUGUAGGAAUUCUUCAUUGUUGUUUUGGAGCCCUCUCUUGCAUCCGAAUUCUGUGCCACUAAUCCUCUGAGUGUCAUCUCAGGAUCCUGGGCAUACUCAUGGCACCAUGGCCAAUACGCAGGAGCCCCUGAGCUGCUCCUCUUCCCCACACUUGCCCUCGAGUGAAAGCAGGACCUUCAGCAGACUCCAGGAUGAACUCACGCCUGUGGGGAACCACCCUUCCCCCACGCUUCUUAAGGACCAGCAGGAAAAGGGGGUGGCACAAACAGAGCUAACUGAGAGCAUGAACAGCCCCAUCACCACAACAGUGUUGACAAGUGUGAGUGAGGAUUCCAGGGACCAGUUUGAGAACAGCGUUCUUCAGCUGAGGGAACACGAUGAAUCAGAGAUGGCCAUGUCUCAGGGGACCAGCAACACCAUAGAUGGAGAGAGCACAAGUGGAACUGAAGACAUCAAGAUCCAGUUCAGCAGAUCGGGCAGCGGCAGUGGCGGGUUUCUGGAAGGACUGUUUGGAUGCUUAAGGCCUGUAUGGAAUAUCAUUGGCAAGGCAUAUUCCACUGAUUACAAAUUGCAGCAGCAAGAUACUUGGGAAGUGCCAUUUGAGGAGAUCUCAGAGCUGCAGUGGCUGGGUAGUGGAGCCCAAGGAGCUGUCUUCUUGGGCAAGUUCCGAGCGGAGGAAGUGGCCAUCAAGAAAGUGAGAGAACAGAAUGAGACGGAUAUCAAGCAUUUGAGGAAGUUGAAGCACCCUAACAUCAUCGCUUUCAAGGGUGUUUGUACUCAGGCCCCCUGUUACUGCAUCAUCAUGGAGUACUGUGCCCACGGACAGCUCUACGAAGUUUUGCGAGCCGGCAGAAAGAUCACACCACGAUUGCUAGUGGACUGGUCCACGGGAAUUGCAAGUGGAAUGAAUUAUCUGCACCUCCAUAAAAUUAUUCAUCGUGAUCUCAAAUCACCUAAUGUUUUGGUGACUCACACAGAUGCGGUAAAGAUUUCAGAUUUUGGCACAUCUAAGGAACUCAGUGACAAAAGCACCAAGAUGUCCUUCGCCGGUACAGUGGCGUGGAUGGCACCAGAGGUCAUACGCAACGAACCUGUCUCUGAGAAAGUCGAUAUAUGGUCUUUCGGAGUGGUGCUUUGGGAGCUGCUGACAGGAGAGAUUCCUUACAAAGAUGUCGACUCUUCAGCCAUUAUUUGGGGUGUUGGAAGCAAUAGCCUGCACCUGCCGGUUCCUUCCACUUGCCCUGAUGGAUUCAAAAUCCUUAUGAAACAGACAUGGCAGAGUAAACCUCGCAACCGGCCUUCUUUCCGGCAGACGCUCAUGCAUUUAGACAUUGCCUCUGCAGACGUUCUUGCUACCCCCCAGGAAACCUACUUCAAGUCUCAGGCUGAAUGGAGAGAAGAGGUGAAAAAACACUUUGAAAAGAUCAAAAGUGAGGGAACUUGUAUACACCGAUUAGAUGAAGAGCUGAUUCGGCGGCGCAGAGAGGAGCUCAGGCAUGCUCUGGAUAUUCGGGAACACUAUGAGAGAAAACUUGAGCGGGCUAAUAAUUUAUACAUGGAACUUAGUGCCAUCAUGCUGCAGCUAGAAAUGCGGGAGAAGGAGCUCAUUAAGCGUGAGCAAGCAGUGGAAAAGAAGUAUCCUGGAACGUACAAACGACACCCCGUCCGUCCAAUAAUCCACCCCAAUGCCAUGGAGAAGCUCAUGAAGAGGAAGGGCACGCCUCAUAAAUCAGGGAUGCAGACCAAACGGCCAGAUCUGUUGAGAUCUGAAGGUAUCCCCAGUACGGAGGUGGCUCCCGCUGCAUCCCCUUUGUCUGGAAGUCCCAAAACGUCCACCUCGAGCAGCAAGAGCCGCUAUCGGAGCAAGCCACGCCACCGCCGAGGGAACAGCAGAGGCAGCCACAGUGAUUUCACAGGGAUAUUGAAAAACCAGCCAGCCCAGGACAGUUCACCCCAUCCCACUGACCUACACCACGCUCAGUCCCAGUACCCUUCUCCCCAUCACCACCAUCCUCUGCAGCAGCAGUACCAGCAAGCCCCCCCUGCCGUGUCCCAGAGUCACCAUCCCAGAUUCAGUGUGCACGGACAGGACAUCGCCACCUGCGCCAACAACCUGAGGUAUUUUGGCCCAGCAGCGGCCCUGCGGAGCCCACUCAGCAACCAUGCUCAGAGACAGAUGCCCGGUUCCAGCCCCGACCUCAUCUCCACGGCCAUGGCGGCGGACUGCUGGAGAAGCUCUGAGCCUGAUGCGGGCCCAGCUGGGCCCUGGGGCUGUUGUCAGGCUGACCCUUACGACCCCUGCCUCCAGUGCAGGCCAGAACAGUGUGGGUCCUUGGACAUACCCUCUGCUGAGCCAGUGGGGAGGGGCCCCGACCUUUUCAAGUCACCAGCACACAAUCCCCUCUUGGAAGAUGCCCAAGGUUCCGAGAAAAUGGGAGAAAGGGAAUUCAAAGGCUGCAGGUCUGCGUCAUCCCUUGGCAUCCCUCACCACGUCACCCCCCCAGUGCUACCUCGAAACACAAGGCCCCUGCAAAAGAGUGGAGAUGACUCCUCAGAAGAGGAAGAAGGGGAAGUAGAUAGUGAAGUUGAAUUUCCACGAAGACAGAGGCCCCAUCGCUGUAUCAGCAGCUGCCAGUCAUAUUCGACCUUUAGCUCUGAGAAUUUCUCUGUGUCUGAUGGAGAGGAGGGAAAUACCAGUGACCACUCCAACAGUCCUGAUGAGUUAGCAGACAAGCUUGAAGGCCACCUGGCGGAGAAGCUGGAUGACCUACUGUCGCAAACACCAGAGAUCCCCAUUGAGAUAUCCUCGCAUUCCGACGGGCUCUCUGACAAGGAGUGCGCUGUGCGCCGCGUGAAGACACAGAUGUCUCUGGGCAAGCUGUGUGCAGAGGAACGUGGCUAUGAGAAUCCUAUGCAGUUUGAAGAUUCGGACUGUGACUCUUCCGAUGGAGAGUGUUCUGACGCCACGGUGAGGACCAAUAAACACUACAGCUCUGCUACUUGGUAAUGGAGGAAAACCCAUCCUGAAGAUCUCACGACUAUACUGGCAUUUCAGAUCCUUUCCCCCGUCCCCCCCAGACUCUUUCCCCUCUCUCCUUGCUUUUUUGUCUGGGAAGAGAGCUGCCCCAUCUUUCUUACCCCUAGAAAUGAGCUGCAAUAACAGGAACAUGAGACUUCGCAAAUCUCUGGAAAAAAAAUAUCCAAAUGAAAUUAAGUCUCACUGAACAUUUCAAUCAAGAAUGGCAGGGAUCUAUUUUAUUGAAUAUUCUAGCUACUGUAACAUUGAUAUUUAUUUUUGUUUGACAUUUUAACACUUUGUACUGUAAAGAGUGAACUAUAUAUGAUAGAGAGAGACAAUAAUUUCUUGCAAAAAAAAAA